GAGAGGGGGAGAGAGAAAGAGAGAGAGAGUGAAAGAGGGGGGGAGAGAGAAAGAACGAGAGGCAGAGAGGGCGUGCAGAGAGAGGGACUGGGGGUUUUCAGGUAUGAAAAAAAGAAGUGACACCCAAGCUAUGAAUACUGUUAAAAAAAAGCGUGAAAAAAAAAGAAAGGCGAGAGAAGUAGCUGUGGUCGGUCACUUCCUGUUCGCUGUUGUUAUGUGCUGAUGCUACCACACAGAAUUAGGAAGAGAAACUGUGUUGGGUCUAUUCAAACCAGGGUCCCCACAGUCAGACAGAAACGUGUAUGUGCGUGUGUGUGUGUGUGUGAGAGAGCGUGUGUGUGUGAGAGAGUGAACACAAGAGUGAAAACAGAUAGAAGAGAGCCACAGAGAGCAGAGCGCAAGAGACAGAAGAGACGUAGAUCAUAGAGCUUCCUCCUCGCCCGACCGCUGUUCUGUGAGGGCGAUUUUGGGCUGCAGGGGUGGAGGGAUGAACCGUAAGGCGUCCAAAGCAAAGGGCCAGGCCGAGGAGGAGAGCGGCGCCAGCGCUCUGAUCACCCAGCAGGAGCACGACCAGCUGCAGAACCUGCUGGGCAGACGCUGUGUGGCGAUGUCCACCACCGUGGCGCAGCUCUUCAUGGCCCUGCCUCACAGCCCAGGCAGUUGGAGCCUCCAGCACACCGGGGUGCUGUGCUUCGUGAAAGAUAACCCACAGCGCUCCUACUUCCUUCGUCUCUUCAACAUCAAGGUAGGGGAGCUGGUGUGGGAACAGGAAGUGUUUGAGCAGAUGUCCUACAAUCGGACACGCCCUUUCUUCCACACCUUUGCAGGAGAUGAUUGCCAGGUGGGCUUGAACUUCUCUGAUCAACAGGAGGCUGAGUGUUUUUUCUACGCGGUCUAUGAGAAGAUUUCUCAAAUAAAGAACCGCCAAGAAAGAGGAGCAGCGCGACCCCGACCCAACCAGAAUGUCAAAAUGGCCACCGUUGACAUCCAGAGUCCCGACACGCAGGCCUCCUCAUACCGCUCCAUGCAGGCCCCCCAGGCUCCCGCAGUCUCCAAAGGCAAGAAGGAGAAGAAGGAGAAGAAGAGCAAGACGAAGAAGGGGUCGAAACUGUCUAAAACUAUGAUCGGAGCUCCCAGUGGCUUCACGCAUGUGUCUCACGUCGGCAUGGACCCUAACAACCUGGACCCGGACCUGAAGAAGCUGCUGGCCAACGCCGGGAUCUCCGAAUCAGACCUGAAGGACGAGGAGACAGCACAGGCCGUCUACAACGUCAUCCAGCAGGCCGGAGGCAUGGACGCUGUCAAACAGCAGGCAAACCAACAGGGUUUGGCUCCUCCUCCUCCUCCUGGCCGCCAAGGGCCCCUCCCUCCUGUGCCUGGCCACUCCCCCUCAUCUGCUCCAGCCCCGCCUCCCAGUCGCAUUCGCUCCAGUCCUCUUCCCCCCGUCCCAGGAGGCGGUCCUCCGAGGGGCGGCUCCUCCCCCCGUCCAGUACACAGCUCGUUGCCCCCCAUACCCCCCCCCUCGGGGCGUAGAGAGUCCCUCCCUCCACCUCCCCCCUCUGCUGCCCGCCCCCCUCCCUCGCAUCACUCACGCCCGUCUCCUCCAACAUCCCACCAUGCCCCGCGUCCCCCUAUGUCACAUCCUUCUCCACCCCCACCCAUGUCACACACGCCCCCACCCCCUUCCAAGUCGCACCCGCCUGCGCCUCCCUCCGCCCCCCGCAGCCCAAUGCCCCCCUCCCACCACAAGCCGCCAGCUAUGUCUCCUCCUCCUCCCGCCUCUCUGCCGCCCAACAGGGGAGGUGCACCACCACCACCUCCACCUCCUCCUCCGCCUCCAAGCCCUGCCCCUCCCCCUGUGCCAUCAUCCAAGGGUGCGCCACCUCUGCCCCCGCCUUCUGGUGGGCGCAGCUCGCCCACACCCAGCUCCGGUGGCGAGGGACGAGGGGCCCUGCUGGACCAGAUCCGCGGUGGGAGGAAGCUCAAGACGGCCAGCACUAAGGACCUUCCACCCCCGCCUCCUGGGGACUCGGAGGGCAUAGUGGGGGCUCUCAUGAUGGUGAUGCAGAAAAGAAGCAAAGCCAUCCACUCCUCAGACGAAGGAGAGGAUGAGGAGAUGGAAGACGAGGACGACGAUGAAUGGGAUGACUGAUGAAGUCACACGUCUUUUUUUUCUGUUGUCCUUUUUCAGUCCAUCCACCUCACUUGUUUGCCCCACAUCAUUUCCUGAACUGUUGUUUACGGCGAGAACGCAGGCUAGUCUCCAUGGUGACGUUUGUUCUCAUUUACUCCAGUACGUCCCAAAUAACUGAGAUCGUCCGCACAAUUAAAAGUAUUUCCAAAGACCUCUUCAAAGGGAGAGUGUGCUCCAUAUCAGCGUUGGCCAGUGUGUUGUCAUUUUGCUGUGAUUUCUCAUGCAUCUGUGUUUCUUUGUAGUAAGAUCAGGACACCACGUAAACGACUGAUGUUGUAUUAAUCAUGUAAACUGUUGAUAUUGUAUUGAUUAAGUAAACGACUGAUUUGUAUUGAUCAUGUAAACUACUGAUAUUGGAUUGAAACAUGAUUGUGAUCUGAAAUCACCAACUGGAUCUGAAAUCACCAUCUUGCAUGACGUUUGCUUUGCUGAACAAGACAAGACAGAGAAGACAACUAUCUAUGGAUGCUUUUGUUUCAGGCAAUGAUAUGCUUAAAAGACCACUCCAUGCUCAAGCUGUGCUUCUCCUUAAAUAAAGACUCAGGGAUCUCUUAGAAGUAAAACGUAUGAGUGUGUAAUAAAGUUGUUUACUGAUAACUGAAACUAGAAAAAAAGGUUGCAUAGAUUUUGAAUUUCUUGGCUUUAAGUGUGAGAUCUACCAAAUCUUUAGGUGCAAGGACACUUGUCUAAAUAAAGAAUUAGAGUAAAUAGA